AAAUUCUAUCAACACAUUGAGAAGUUUGCCAUUGGACAGAUUAUGGCAGGAGGCUCGCCCUAGCUCAUGGUGUUUUUUAGUUGCAUCUAUUUCUUACUUUCGGUUCCUAACUUUCUCUUUUGACUUGUAUGGCUUGAGAUCAGACUUUUAAUCCAAUUUAGAUGAACAACAAUAGCCUUCAAGGUCAUCUUGAAUCUUCUCAUCAGUUUCCUAAAUUACAAAUGAUUCUGAUAAAAUUCAAAAAGAGCCCUUUUGCUUCGGCAUUGAACCAACAGGACAUGACCCGAAUGUCGAUUAGCUCUUCUAAUGUGAAGACGGGUUCUCUUUCCGCACCGCCGAGAGCCAUUCCCUCUGCCCCCACACGCCGCCGACUCAACUUGGAUCGCAUUCGUUACCACCGCGCUCCGCUCACACGUGGCCGCCAAGGAACCCCACACCAUGCUCCCACCACUGAAAUCCCCAAAACCGCACCAUGUCGGCCUGACCCUGCGUUACGCCGCUGUCCAAAGACUUCCGGUUCGUGCUCUCUCGUGAGGGCGGUUCGUCGGGAGGAGAGGAGCUCGUGGAGGCGAAAAUGGGCCGUCGAAGGGAGACGUGGAAAUGCUUGAGGCGGAAUAUCUUGGUCUCGCAGGACUCCGGCGAUGGGGUGGUGAUCGUACAAAGGACUCAAAAUUGCAUAUACAAUGAGUGGAAGGGAUUUUCCUGGUGGACUUUGGAUCUACAGGCUUUCUUAUCAGAUCCUUGCAGGAACAAAAAUCCUCAUCUCCAAGAACAUGAUGGCAGUCAGUGGCCAGCAGCGGAUUAUGUUGUUGUGAACAUGGAUGGGCAAGGGAUCGGCUACCUCUUACCACAGUACUCACCAACUGCAGCCGAUUAAUGUUCUUCCUUAC